AUGUUGGAUCCAUGGCAAAACAUGAGCAAAUGGCUCCAAAAUGAAAAUGAUAUCAACCCCUUUCAAACCACCCAUGGGAAGAUGGCAUACGAAUUGGCGGUUGAAGAUCCGAAACUUUACCAAUCCAUCAACGAAGGAAUGGCUAGUGAUGGAAGGCUUGUUGCAAGUGUCAUUCUUAAACACUGUAAGGGUAUCUUUGAAGAGUUGGAUUCAGUUGUUGAUGUUGGAGGUGGGACUGGUGAGGAAAGAGAAGACUAUUCGCUUACUUCUGCUUCUCGCUUACUUCUAAAGGAAGAUCCAUUAAACAUUACACCACUUUUCCUAGUCUUUUUGGAUCCGAUAAUGUUGGAUCCAUGGCAAAACAUGAGCAAAUGGCUCCAAAAUGAAAAUGAUAUCAACCCCUUUCAAACCACCCAUGGGAAGAUGGCAUACGAAUUGGCGGUUGAAGAUCCGAAACUUUACCAAUCCAUCAACGAAGGAAUGGCUAGUGAUGGAAGGCUUGUUGCAAGUGUCAUUCUUAAACACUGUAAGGGUAUCUUUGAAGAGUUGGAUUCAGUUGUUGAUGUUGGAGGUGGGACUGGUAACUUUUGCAAAGUGCAUUGCGGAAGCUUUUCCCAAUCUUAG